UGAUCUUGAAGGACGGAAGAGGAACAGGAGACACCCAAUUUCCUCUUAAUCUCCAAUGUCUCAUGCUGGUGACAGUGCUAUUAAUAUAUCUUUGGGGGAGGCCAAUUAGAGAUGUCACCAUUUGCCUUUGCACGAUUCAUGGCAUGGGAGGACGGCAUGAAAUAACUGACCACUGAGCUGGAGAUGUGCCACUCAGAUGGGAGGAGUGUUAAUACUGAGUGGGUGUAUGCUGGGGGUGGUGGUCUUAACAAGCAGAUUCUGUGGAAAUGCAUGAGACUUCAUGCAGUUUGGCUCACACUCUGAAACUGUGAUUUCUUAUCCACUGCAUCAGGUGUCAGUGAAGCCUUUACCCCAAAGCUGGUGUUGGUUACUGCAGACACACCCCGUGGAUAGCGGAACCCAUUUGUAGUCACAAAAUCACCAUAAUUAGGGACCAAAAAUGGAGAACAAAACAUCAGGAAUGAGCAAGGGCCUCCACGUGAACUGCAGCAUGUCUGGAAGACACGGCUUCAUCUUCACCUUCAUCCCUGUCGUCUACGGAUGCAAUUUCGUCAUUGGGAUCAUUGGCAAUAGCAUGGUGGUGGCUGUGAUCUACCGCUACAUGAAGCUGAAGACAGUUGCAAACGUGUUUGUGUUCAAUCUAGCCAUAUCAGAUCUGACCUUCCUUAUUACGCUACCUUUGUGGGCCACUUUCACAGCUACGGGCUACCACUGGCCGUUUGGCACCUUCCUGUGCAAGGCAAGUGCCGGACUGGUCAUCUUCAACCUGUAUACUAGUAUAUUCUUCCUCACUGCUCUUAGCAUUGACAGAUAUCUCGCUAUCGUUCAUCCGGUGCGCUCCAGACGCCAACGCACACUUUUUUACGCAAACCUCACGUGUGUACUCAUAUGGCUCUUUGCCUUGCUCCUCAGUGCACCUACAGCGCUAAGCCGGGAUGUGUACGACAUUGGGAACUCCACAUUGUGUGCCGUGUGGCACCGCAGUGAGCAUCUUAACUUGCUAGUUACCCUUAGUGUGCUAAAAAGCGUGCUAGGUUUCAUUGUGCCUUUCCUCGUCAUCAUCACCUGCUAUUGCCUGAUCGGUCAGGCGCUUCUAGGUUCCAGGGGUCUGUUGAGGAAAAGCGUUCGCUCUCGGGAAGACGAAACUCUACGUAUGAUAGCUGCUACCGUGCUAGCUUUCUUUGUUUGUUGGGCUCCUCACCAGGCUUUCCACUUCAUGGAGCUGCUGGCCACGCUUGGCGUGGUGGAAAACUGCCAAACACUAGAUGUUAUUGACACAGCCAUGCCGUUUACCAUCUGCAUCUCCUAUUUAAACAGUUGUGUAAACCCCAUACUUUAUGGCUUUGUUGGGCACAACUUUCGCAAGAACUUACUGAGGUUACUAGGCUGUACAUCUGGACAAUCUAGUAAUAGCAUUAGCUCAAAGAUGAAUGCCAAUUCCCAUUGUACCUCUGGUCUGCUCAACCCACCAAGCUCCAAUAACAAUUCAACACCUACAAUGAAGACAUCUUAAGUGCAAAAGGCAUAGAUGAAAUUAUGUAUAUAUCUGUUUUGAAAUUUUGGUACUAGAUAUUUUUGAUUGGCCAAUACACAGCCAAAGCACAGUUCAGUUAAACAUACUAAUUACAUGCAUUAAUACUGUAUCAGUAACAAUGCUCAAGAGAAUUGCUUCAAAUAUCAGUGCCAUUAAACAAGAUGUGUAAUUCUGCUAUAUAUAACUAUAUUCACCUUAACUAACUUACUUGUCAAAAUUCUCCGUGAUGAUAUUUAUGCCAAUAUCUGUUAGCGCCCAUAAUACAGUGCCUUGCAAAAGUAUUUAUACCCCUUCAUAUUUGUUUCACGUUUUUUGUUGCAGCCUUGUUAAACUGCUUUAAAUUACUUUCCCCCACAUCAAUUUACACUCCAUACACCAUAAUAACAAAGCAAAAAACUGAUUUGUGACACCUUUGCAAAUUUAUGAAAAAUAAAACACUGGAAUAAGUUAAUUUCAUAAGUACUCAGUACUUAGCUGAAGCACCUUUACAGCUUCAAGUCUUUUUGGGUAUGAUGCGGCAAGCUUUGCACAUCUGCAUUUGGCAAUUAUCUGCCAUUAUUUACAUCACUUCUUCACCUCUCAGUCUCUGUCAGCUUGGAUGGGGUCUGGCAGAUCUUUUCAGGUUUCUCCAGAAAUAUUUGAUUGCAUUCAAACCAAGGCUCUGGCUGGGCCACUCAAGGACAUUCACGGAGUUGUCUAUAAGCCACGCUUACUGUGUGCUUAGGGUCAUUGUCCUGUUGGAAAGUGAACCUUCUGCCCAGUCUGAGGUUUCGAAUGCUCUCAGUAUUUUGGUGCAUUGAGCCCUGCCGCUGAAAAACAAACCCACAGCAUGAAGCUGAUACCAGCACACUUUACUUUUGGUAUGGUACUCUGCAGGUGAUGAGCAAUGCUUGGUUUCUUUCAAACAUGAUGUUUGGAAUUGAGGUUCAUCAGAACUCAGGGCUCGAAAAUAAGGAGUGCCCGAUGGCCCGGGGCCAGCGUGAAAGACGCUCGGGACAGUUGACGAAUAUCUCACUGGCCCGAUCAGGCCACUGCUGUGUCGUCACGAAAGUUUAGCAUUUGCACUUAUUUUUCAACCUUGAUAAUUUAAAAUUUUAAGCGAUCACAGAGAGACGCGUCUCUAACGGUCAAAUAGCCUACAAAAGUAUUAGCUUUGUAGCUUUAACAAUGAUUAAUACCUAAUUUAUACAGUGGAGACCAAUCGACCAGACAUAUUUCAACCGAUCUCUUGUUCUGGGCUUGCACAAAAACUGCAUGCAAUCUUCGUUCAAAAUGUCAUGUGUGUAGAAAUAUGACGAACUUUUUAGACAUCCGUUAACAGAGGCCAAAGACGCUAAAGACAAACGCAAACAGAAAAAAAUACUGUAGCAGGCAGACCAAGAUCACGGUGUACAACACGCGAAAUAUUAUCGUAAAUAUUGAAACUGUGGUUUAUGUGAAUGUAUCUGAGGGAAACUGACUGUUUACAUGGCGUUUUCCUUUCAUUUGCCCAUGUAUGAUGUAUUUAAAGUAGCAUUCAUAAGCAUGGCGCUGCUUUGUUUACAGCGGUAAUCACAGAAACAUAAUAUCACUAUUAUUCCAUAAUAGUGAUUCCAUUUGCUUUCUUUCAGUCUGUCAGCUGUUUUUCCCUAAAGCAUUUUUUACGGUGGCCGAGACAACGCGCUGCAACUUAAGAAAACACAUGCAAACAGAAAAAAACGACAACAAAUUAAGAAAACAUCUUCAUCAGUUUGACAACACAGGCGCUGCAAAUCCUCGCAACGCAAACACAAAUACGGAAACGU